AUGCGUGAUGAUGACCGCCAAGCUCUCUGGCAAGAUGCUAAAGAACAGAUGUUGGUAGAAACCCAAAGCUGGCCAUACAAUUUUCCCCUUUCAAAAGAUUUUCCUCAUGCUGAUCAGCGGGGUACAGUCAGUGGCCGAUUAAUGGUCCAAGACAAGUACGUUAGUAGAGAGUUUAUUCCUGCGAGGUCCGCUUAUGUCGGGCUUGCUCCACCGGGAGAACUGGGAUCCUGGCAGAGAGACACCCAGGGCUAUCAAUUUUGGAAUCAAACUGAUGAUGAGGGGAACUUCCUGAUUAGAGGUGUAAGAGCUGGGAAUUAUAACUUGUAUGCUUGGGUUGAUGGUGUCAUUGGUGAUUACAAAUAUGAAACUGAUAUGCAGAUCACACCAGGAAGUGAAAUCAGAUUGGGUGAUCUUGUGUAUCAUCCUCCAAGAAAUGGUCCUACUCUAUGGGAAAUCGGCAUUCCUGACCGCUCUGCUGCUGAGUUCUUCGUGCCUGAACCAGACCCAAAACUGAAGACUCGACUAUCUCACAGCAAUUCAGACAAGUUUAGGCAAUAUGGAUUGUGGACUCGGUACACAGAUUUAUAUCCUUACCAGGAUUUAGUCUACACCAUUGGAUCUAGCAAUUACCAAACAGACUGGUUCUUUGCUCAUGUGGCCAGGAGGGCAAAUGACACUUAUGAACCAACUACAUGGCAAAUAAUAUUCGAUCUCGGAAACAUUGACUAUACUGCAAAUUAUACACUCCGAAUAGCUUUGGCUUCAGCCAAUGGGGCACAUGUGAAAGUUUGGAUGAACAGAGACCCAAACACAACACGUCGUCUCUUUUCGACAAACCUUAUAGGCCGGGAAAAUUCGAUUGCAAGGCAUGGGAUUCAUGGGUUAUACUGGCUAUACAGUGUUGAUAUACCUGCCUCUCAUCUUCAAUCUGGAAGAAACACAAUGUUUCUUCAAAUGUCAAGUAUGCCAAGCCCUUUCAAUGGAGUCAUGUAUGACUACCUCCGUUUAGAAGGACCACCAGGAAGAUCUUGA